AAAAGCUGGGCUGUGAGUCUGUGGUGGAGUGGUCUAUACAAACUUUCUAUUGCAAAUCAGCUGAGAGAUAGAACUUUCUGGUUGACUAUGAACAUUGAUUUUCGGGGAAGGUCUUACCCAGUGGCUCCUCAUCUGCAGCAUCAAAAUCAGGAUUAUGUUAAAGCACUCUUGAUGUUUGCAAAAGGAAAACCACUUGGAGAGAAGGGAUUUUAUUGGCUUAAAGUUCAUCUAGUCAAUCUUACAGAACAUAAAAAAAGGGCAUCUUUUGAAGAGAGGUUAAAAUAUGCUGAUGAAAUGAUGCCAGAAAUAUGUGAUUCUGCUGACAACCCAUUAAAUGGCAAUAAAUGGUGGAUGACCUCUGAACAGCCCUGGCAGACCCUCGCAGCUUGUAAAGAAGUUGCAGCCGCUGUUAGAAGUGGAGAUCCAAGCAAGUAUGUCUCACAUUACCCCGUGCAUCAGGAUGGCUCGUGUAACGGUCUUCAACAUUACGCAGCACUAGGUCGAGAUGUCACGGGGGCUAGAUCAGUAAACCUCAAACAGGAAGGUGAUUUCCCAGCAGACGUAUAUUCUGACGUAGUCGAUCUUGUAAGAAAAGAGAUUGAGUAUGAUAUACAGAACGAGACAAAAGACUAUGUAAUUGCAAAAAUUUGCGAACCAUUCCUUGAGAGAAAGGUGAUCAAGCAGUCCAUCAUGACAACGGUUUACGGAGUAACAAUGUAUGGUGCCAAAUUACAGAUUCAGCGUCAGCUUGGUUACAAGGAAUUCCCUCGUGAACAUAUUCUAGUUGGCAGCGCAUACUUGGCAGAGAAGACUUUCCAAUGUUUGAGUAAUUUAUUUACAUCUGCAAGACAGAUUCAGGAAUGGUUUAACAAAUGUUCUGUAGCUAUCAGUAAAGGAGGACAGGCUGUGGAAUGGGUGACACCAUUGAAUUUAUUGUGUAUUCAACCUUACUAUAAAAGUAAACUUCAACCACCAGACAUGCCCGACAAAAUUUAUAACUAUUUGACUCGCAAAACAGAAUCGUUAAGAGUUGCUGAUAUUUAUAAGCAGAAAAAUGGAUUUGCUCCUAAUUUUAUUCAUUCUUUAGAUUCCACCCACAUGAUGUUAACUUCACUUUAUUGUUAUAGAAAAGGCCUUACAUAUGCUUCAGUACAUGAUUCAUACUGGACACACCCAUGUGAUGUGGAUAUAAUGAGCAAGGUAACAAGAGAACAGUUUAUUGCCUUACAUAAACAACCUAUACUUCCUAACCUGUCUAAUUACUUCAUAGAAAGAUAUAUUCACAGUGGUGAAUUGAAUGCCCUACAAUAUGCCAAUUUGCUAAAGACAUUUACAGAUGUGCCAGGGACAGGAGAUUUUGACCUAGAUGAGAUACAGCAUUCACCAUUCUUCUUCAGUUGAUAAAUGAGAUGGGUUUAAAUGUGAUACUUUAACAGUGCUGGUAGCCAAAUACAUAGGUGGAAAACCUCCACAUGCAGGGCUUUCAGUCAGUUGACUAAAGCAUUUUCAUCGAGCCAUAUGGUCAAACCAUGUCACAAGAACAUAUCAUGUGAUGAACUAACCAUACCUGGAAAAUGUUAUUUGAUGGACGUACCAAGGAUGUUACAUUUGAUGGACUAACCAAAGUUACUGUGAUAUUAUGUCAUGUGAUGUGAUAUUAUGUCAUGUGAUGGACCUACGUGAUAUCUAGGACAUAUGGUGGGCUAACCUUGUCUGAAACAUGACAUGAGAUGAACUUAUAACUCAUUAACCAAGGUAUCUAAUAUAAUUAUGUGGUGAGCUAACCAUGCCUGAAACAUGUCAUGUGAUAAGAAAGUAUGUCAUGUGAAAGUAUGUCAUGUGAUGGACCUACCAGGGUAUCUAGGAUAUGUUAUGUAGUGGGCUAACCAUGCCUGAAACAUGCCAUGUGAUCAAAUUAACCAAAAUAUCUAGGGCAUAUAAUGUGAUAGCCAAAACAUGCCUGAAAAAUGUCAUGUGAUGAACUUAAACAAGGUAUCUUGGAUAUGUCAUGACUGUGGUGUACCAACCAUACAUGAAACAUGUGACGUGAUUGACUUUAUCUCACAAAAGUAUGUCAUGUGAUGGGCUUAACCAUGGUUGAUACAGUUUGUCAUGUUAUAGACAAAGCAUGUGACAAAAAUGUCAUAGGUGUAUUUAUGUCGCAGCAAAGUAUAAAUAUGUCAUGUGAUUGACUUAACUAUGCAUUAAGGAUAAUCAUGUGACUGUAACAUACCAUGUCACAUGAUAUGACUGACAUAAUUUUAUCAUCACUUGUAUGACAGCUUUACAAAAAAUCAUUCAAAAGUUUUAUUUUAUUGUUAAUUAUAGUAAGAAGAUAAAAAUGAUCAUUAGGUCUUCCAUUAUCAAGGACAAUGGUAAUUCAUAAUAAUUAUGUCAUUUUUCUCUGUAAACCAAUGAACUGAAUAUAGAAUUUUAAUUAAAAGUUUUUGAUAAAA